CUUAGUGCGGGCGGCUUGACAGCUCUCAGCUCCGUUAGCUGAGUUUGUCUCCGGUGGAUGUCCACGCUGCCUCCGUGGAUGCUGCUUUCCGGGACUCCCUCCUCCGACAUGGACGCCACCAUGUUCCGGCUGCGGUCGUUCGUCCACCGGCGACUGUACGCGGCGGCGGAGGAGAUCCUGGGGGAGGUGGAGAAGACCAUCACGUUAGCUGUGCACGAAGCCGAAGUUGGUCGAUCCGAAGAGGCUGAAAGUCUGCGGCACCAGCUGGGCCUCCUGCGACGCACGGCAGAACUUCCAUGUGAAACCCCACCGCUGCAAGAGAACCAAAGACCCUCCACACCAGAGCAAUCCAGCUUCAGCCCCGAGCUCCCAGGACCUUCUAAAUCUGCUGCAGAUCUGUGCAGCAACAACUGGAACUUCUGCUCAGCCGAGACGGAUUUGAAGCAGAUUAAAGAGGAGCAGGAGGAACUUCAGGACGAGAGUGAAACAUCUGAAGCUGCCUUUCGGCCUCCUGAAAAUGUGAAAAGCGAGAAGCUGGAGGCACAAGUGUCUUAUGCAAUGCAGCCGGUUUCUUCAGACUGCUCUGCAGCACCGAGCAGCGACGAGGAGCUGGUGAGCAGCAAAGGAAAAGAGGCAGAAAUGAUGAAACAGGAGGUGAAGGUUUUGCAAGGAAGAAGCGGCGGCAACAACAAGAACGGCCAAGCUGCUUUUAAGAGUCAUUCCGCUAAAGGCCAGAAAGAUCGCAGCUUUUGCCAUCUGUGCGGAAAAGGAUUUCAGUACAUCGGCUCUUUGAUGAAGCACAUAAAAACCCACGAGGGCAAAACUAACUGCAGCUUCUGCGGGACGACUCAGCAGUCCACGAAGGAGCUGGUGACCCAUCUGAAAGGAUGCCACAGCAAGGCGUAUGUUUGUGACAUCUGCGGGAAGACUUUCUCCAACAAACGUUGUCUCCGGCUACAUGAAAAAAUACACACAGGCCUGAAGGAGUUCGUGUGCCAAGAAUGCGGGAAAACGUUCCACCGCCGAGAGCAUCUCAUCGUACACGUGAGGACUCAUUCCGGGGAGAAACCGUAUCACUGUGACAUCUGCGGGAAAGCGUUCAGUCAGAGCCAGAACCUCACCAUUCACAAGAGGAGUCAUUCGGGGGAGAGACCGUACCAUUGCGGCCUGUGCGGGAAACUUUUCAACACCAGCAGCCACCUGAAGACGCACAUGAGAUACCACUCAGGGGAGAAACCGUAUCCGUGUGAUAUCUGCGGGAAACGUUUCCGUCAGAGUGGACAGAUGACGAGACACAGGACCACCCAUACGGGAGAGAGGCCUUACGCCUGCCAUCUCUGCGGCAUGAGGUACAGGUUUGCACCGAAUCUUAAGGUGCACUUGCAGACUCACGAUAAGGCGGCUGCUGCAUCUCAACAGUGAAAUUUACCAGAAAGCUUUACAUGCACAGCGUAACUCGGAUUUAUUCACUGAGGGGAGGGACGACAUGCAGCAUCCAAUGAGUUCAUCUACAAAUCAUGUUAUAUUUAUUAACUGUAACCUGUCAGAAAGUUAUGUAUUUGACAGAAGCAGCCUCAGAAAUAACAUUUUAGUUACUCAAAGCUGCCACAGAAAUACGAUGGAGUCAUUAAAUAUAAUUAAAAACACUUUAAAUUAAAGCUGCAAGCAGCGUUGGUUGGGUCCUCACAUCCUUGCUGGUCAGCGAAUCCAAGCAUGUCCACCAGGUGGUGCUGCGACUGAGAGUGUAAAACGGCUGAUGGCCUUGUUGAUGGCGAUCUAUCAAAACUGUCCACCAGGUGGCGCUAUCACUGUGAAUGUAUAUCAGCCUAGCUAUGUUAUCAGGGCCAGACUGAUCACACAGGUAAAGUUAGAGGCAGAUUGGAGCAUGUACAGGCCAGUUACACAGCACUUCCUGUUUCAUGGUGACCCCUCCACCAGGUGGCGCUCUCUCUGUGACUGUAUUUUAGUCUAUAGAAUUCAUCAGGGCCAGACUGUGAUCACACAUGUAAAGUUAGAGGCAGACUGGAGCAUGUACAGGCCAGUUACACAACACUUCCUGUUUCAUCACCAACUGUCGAAAUCCCAUCAGCUGCCAUUUCCACACCCUCAGACAUUUGCGGAGCAUUUUAAUAAUUUUUGAUCACUCAUGCCUGGUGUACAUCGUGGCCAAAUUUGAGCUCUGUCAAGGUUACCCUGUUUGAGUUUAUAGCUUUUGAAAAUGGGCAAAAAUUGGUUCAAAAUCGUCAAAAAUAUGUCACACAAUUCAAAAUGGCCAACUUCCUGUUGUGUUUUAGAUAUAGAUAUUUAGACAUUUUUGUGCAUCUUGACGAGUUACAUAUGUGUUCUAAAUUUCAUAGCUGUCGGUGGCACGUCCUGGUCGUAGAGCCUGUUUGAAAUUUUGGCUUACACCUAUGCAACGUCCAAAAAAUAGCUUAUUUUUCGCUGGUCCUGAUGUGUGUGCAAAUUUUCACGCAUUUUCAAGUAUUUUUAGGCCUUCAAAAUUGUGAUUCAAAAAACGGUAGAAAAAAUAAAAAGAAGAAACCCAUGGAUUGGUGCUCAGACCUUAAUUAUGCAGACUGAUUAAACCUCUGCUUAAAAUCUCAGCACAUGAAGUCUUCUCUGAUUAACCUGGAAGUCGGCCUGUAAACCCAAGCAGUUUAUUUAAUUCUGUGAUUAUACAUCAGCUCUGUCAGCCUCUACUGCAGAGUUCAAACUGAUUUCCCCUCGUCUUUUUCCUCGAAUCUGGUCCGAGCUGAUGUUUGCUGCAGAUUAUUUGCAGAUGUGAGUGGCUUAAGAUCUGAUCUUAAACCUCCUGAACUGAUGCAGACUCAGGGGUCGAUAUUUAGGGGUGAAGAUCUGGAAGAUUAUCGAGUAAAGCAGCAGAUACUGUUAUCAAACAUCACAUUAACUGUAGCUACAGGUAAUAAAAGUGAUAAAAUCUCACCUCCACAACCUUUUUUCUCAUUCAGGAUUGUUUAGUCUUGCUUUAGCUUGACGUCAAAAUCAUUUUGUGAGAUCUUAAUGCCCAAAGAAACUAAGCAAGAAUAAUUUCCAGUGUGCACAAAGUCACCUCCCACAGCUGCAAAAGGGAAAUUUCUCAGCAUAGUUUUGCAUUUUAUAAAAAUCCAUCAAGAGAUUUAUGUUACAUUUGCUAAAAAUACAGCAGUGACAAACAAUCCUGAGCUGUUCUGUCUUCAAAUUGGAAAAUAGAAGAUGCUUUUAUUUCCCCAAAAACAUUAUUUAAUGUUGCAUUAUUUAAACCCGGGAUGUCAACGAUUUUUUAGUUCAGGUUCCACAUUCAGCCCAAUUUGAUCUCCAGUGAUCCGGAGCAGUAAAAUCACAGCAUAAUAACCAAUAAAUAACCACAACUCCAAAUUUGUAUUUUAGUGCAAAACAGUACAUUCUGAAAAUGUUCAAAUUUAAGGAAAUAUCUUUUUACAAAACAUAAGUUAAAAAAUAAGUAACAUGCCUCAGUUCAUUUCCACAUUACAACUUACAGAUCACAGAGUAUCAGCAAAGGAACACAACAUUUAGCCUCAGGUAUCUGGAACUGAACAAUAUCGUAUUUUACUUUAUGAUCAAAGCCACAAAAGUCAGACGAAAAGCAAGAAAAACAAGACAAAAUAUUACAAAAAUGAGACACAAAAUGACAAAAAUUAGACAUAAAAUGACAAAAAAUUUGAUACCAAAUGACAAAAAAACAACAAAAACAAGACAAAAUAUUCAAAAAUGAGACACAAAAUCACAAAAAUGAGUCAUAAAAUGGCAAAAAUGACACAAAAUGGCACAAACGAGACAAAAAAACAAGCCAAAGUAUUGCAAAAAUGAGACAUGAAACAACAAACGUGAGAAACAAAACGACAAAAAAUGAGACAACACAAAAGACAAAAAAUUUAUCAAAAGAGUUACAAAGCAGCAAAAACAGACACAAAACAACAAAAACAAGUCAAAAAAUUACACAAAUGACACAAACGAGACAAAAAAUGACAAAAACGAGAAACAAAACAACAAAAAUGUGAGACAAACAAGUCAAACAAAAAAAAGACAAUAUUACAAAAAUUAGACACAAAGUGACAAAAGAACAAUGAACAAUCUAGUAUUUUACUUUAUGAUCAAAACAACUUGUCAUGGUCUAGAAAUUAUUUUAAAUUUAUAGUUUUACAAAUUUACAAUUUGCAGUUAAUGUCUUUCUGUAAUUUCUACACUUUACAAAUUGGACCAGAUUGGACCCUUUGGUGGGCCGGUUUUGGCCCGCGGGCCGCAUGUUUGACACCCCUGAUUUAAACACACAAUCAGACAGACUAAAGGUAGAUUAUUAAAUAAAAUUUGCUGCAUGUGAACUUAGUCCCUCCCCUCGUUGUCGCACAAACACAUCUGUUGUGAUGUUUUUAUACGGUAUUUUUUCAAAAAUAUAGAAGAGCUGAUUUACCCGUUUGAAAUAGAUUCAUUGACUCAUUUAGGUUUCUGUAGGCUGCUAAAGAUUGUUGGUAAUUACCUGAUUAGCUGAUGGAUUGAUCCAUCUCUGCAGCUCUUAUUUUCAUACAUGUCAUGUGUGUGUUUUUACAUAUUGACCCGUGUCGUGUCUUCUUGUGGUGAGACCAAAUUUGUUGGAUAAUAAAGUUUAAUAUGCUGUAAA